GCAAUGGUGCAGAUCAUUCACCACAGCAGGUUUUACGCGAGUUCUUCGGAAUCUACGCACAAACCGUUGCAAAGCCAGUCCGUUGGUACGGGAAGGCCGGGGUGGUUGGAUUUUCGAUUGCGAUUUUCGGUGCUGUUGGGUUUCUUUUCCUCGAUGUCCUGGUUGAUAAUUACGGCGACAGUGAAUUCGAGCAACGACAGCUCUCUGCGAAAUUCUCCGUGCGAUUUUCCUGCCUGCUCCUCAUAAUCGCAGCGUCCACGGUGUUGCUCCAGCAAUGGCGAGCGUUCUAUUGGUUGCAGGAAACCGCGAGUGUCUGCGAUGUGGUGUCGCUGCGGGUUUUGGAAAGUAGUAUCAAGACUAGGAAGACGAACAGCGCGAGAACGAAAUCUUCAGGAGCCGGAGCUUCUCGCUUUGGGGAUGCCAGCGAAUUUCAUCGCAGACAGCAGCUUGACAUUGUUGUUGAGCCGUCGGCGCAACACAAGCAAGAUUUUUCAGCAGGACCAUCGACGUUGGCUACAUCGUCUACUGCUCAACACAUGUACAUUUCCACCUUUGUGCAAACCUUGCUGACGCAGAAAAACGGCCCUUCCUCUGCCUCUGAUCGUGGUUUCAAAAGUAGGACAAAAGACUUGGACAUUGGCGACGAAGAGGAUCAUGACGAGGCAGGACUAGAAGUAUUUGAUCAGCACUACGAGGAUGAGUUGUUCCAAUCCCGCCCAUGGCAACCAGCACGUGAUGAAAUUGCACCGCUGCGGGAGCAGAGACUUUUGCUCUUGCCGCUGAACGGGGGGGACGAUGAUGACUACACCAAUUUGAUGGCGGCUAGAACACGGCUGCCAGCAUGUAACUACACGCCGGUGUGCUGGAAAGGAAAAACCGGUUUGGCUAGCAUCUUCGUCCUUGUGUUGGUGGUCGUUUUCUUCAUCCUCUUCGAGGCUCAUAUCGUCAACCCUCGUCUUUCAACCACAACUAGCACUACUUCCGCCUACUUCCAAGGAUUCCUCGCUGCAUCAGCUCUCCUUCUUGCUCUCUCCAUUUUCGUCGUUCCAGCCGUCAGAACAGCGGACCUACGCGAGUUUGCGGACAACCGGAUGGAAAUUUUGGAAAUUUUUCUGAACGCCUUCCUCGAUCUGGUGAGAGACGCUGCGGGAGGUGAACAGCGAGAGGAUGCAACACGAGAAGACGCUCUUGGUCUUCAUGUAGAUGAUACAACGAGCGUGCAGCUGCGCGCAUCUUCCCUCGGGGUCAUGAACAAUCAGGCAGUAGACUGGAACAGAAAACCGCACCUGCCGCAAAUUGACGAGGACUCGACAAUGGCAGUUCAAAUGCAGGAGCAACAUCAGGAAGGAACUGAUGUACCACGAGGAGGAGGCCGUGAUCAUCUGCACCAGCUGCACGACCGCCUCCAUCGCCAUCCUCUUGUUCAUCCCAGAUCCCGCCUCGUCGUCUCUUCCGAGUACGGUGUCUGCUGCCGGGUGACGAUUUCUUCGCUGAACGCAACCCGAGAGAGGGUGGUUUUGCGCAUCGAAAAUUCCGAGCUCCAUCUGGUCUUCCCCUUGACGCAUCGGAGCAUGGUCUUGACGCAGUUACACGACGGGCGAAUGAAGAUUUCGACGAGGACAACGACUAGCACUGGAAUUGUAGACGACGCGUCAUUAAUAGCGGCAACUCAUGGAGUUGUCGGAGGCCUGCAUAUGAGCGGGCCCAGCAUAAAUGUGGGCGGCGUCGAAACAGGGAAGGGGAAUGAUGUCACCACUACCUGGAGUCAGAGUGCUUCUACAGCCGCAAGCACUCGAGAUGUGCUGCAGCUGCACCACCUCCAGCAAGCUACAUCAGUGACGUCAAGGAAUAGUGAGCAACUGCUUGCGCGUCGCGGGAACAGUAACUCUGGAACAUCAACCUCCACUUCUGCCCAGCAAGCUUCCGCACAGGAGACUUUGCUCAAGCUGUUGAUGCAGGUGAAGGAACACCGGGCGGACUUUGCUUUGGAGAAAAUUAGGAAGCUGUUGCUCGGACAGGAUGACGAAGUUCGUGGUCGUGCAGGGAACGGGAUGGCACCAGACGCGAACACGAGAUCAUGCUGCGAAAGUUUAGAGAUGCGACUAACCGGCAGCGGGCUCUGCCGUCUGACUACAAGGAGAGCAACUGAACAUGAAGAUGGCGGUCCUGCAGUAAAAACAAGAAAGAGCUGUAGAAAAUCUCGAUUUAACGAGGCUUCGUUUCUUUUUGACACAGAACAAGAUUACGUAGCGGUACUGCAACGCUGCAAAAGUUUCAUGAUUUUUACGUAGAUGUUGAAGCUCAGCCGUAUUGCAAUGAGACGUCGAUGAAGGUGAAAAAGAAAAUAAAAGUGUAUGAAAAUGAGCACCCUCCUAGAACGAAGUACAACCACGAUAGACAUAGAUUCCUAGAAGAAGUUGAAAAUCGAAAUGUCCAGAUAGUUAAUUUGCUCAGCGAGGACCCCUGACAUGAUGCGUGUAUGAUCGUAAAGACGACUUGAUGUGGUCGUCGUUGUGGUUUGUCAGAUAGAUACUUUUCAAC